AUGAAUUUUUUUACCUUUUUUAUAUUAAUUUAUUAUUUCGUCGGAUUAAUUGCAGCAACGAGAGAUUUCCUCAAAACCGAGGAAUAUAAAAAAUUUGUGGAAAAAGAAAAGGGGGAACUAUUAGAAAUGUAUAAAAAAUACUUUGAAAAUGAUCAUGAGGGAAUGGAUGAUGAAAUUUUUCUAGAACUGACAAUUGGAUCAUUUAAUAAGUAUUUUCAACUUUUACUUGAAGAUGUUGCUGGGAGAUUUGCGGAAAAUGACGAUAAUGAAGAAAUAAUUUUUAUUCAAUUAAUGACUGGAAUGAUGAAGAAUGAGGGAAAAGAAGAUAAAUUAAAGAAAAUAGAAAAUGAAAAUUUUGGGUGGAAUGAUGAAUUUGGCGAUGCAUUUAAAGAAUCGCAUGAAGAUGCCUUAAAAUUAUUAAAAGAGCUUUUUAAAAAUGAAGAUUUGUCUCCAGUAAAGAAAUUUUGUAAAAUUUAUAAUUUAGUAGAUUAUUGGGCGAAAAAUGAAGAACUUACAAAAAAUAAUUAUUGGAAUGAUCUUAUAAACAAGUUUAAUUAUGUAAGUAUAUCAUUAAUCUAA